AUGGAGUCAAAUUCGGACGACUUCCCACAGUGUAAGCGGAGUGACCCCGAGCUUGACAAAUGUGUCGUUAAAGCAGUCGAUGUUGUGAAACCUAGAUUACUUAACGGCAUUCCUGAAGUCAACGUACCAGCACUAGACCCAUUCUUAGUGCCAACAUUAAAAUUAGACAGAACAGCCAACAAUUUAAGACUAAAAGCUACUAUCAAAAAUAUGAAAGCUUAUGGUGCCUCGAGCUUUAAGAUUGAAAAGAUAAAGUUAAACGUUAACAACAAGUACACCGGAGAAGUGAAGCUAACCAUCCCUCGGUUGCUUGUCACAGCGGACUAUGACGUGCGCGGUUCUAAGAUUCUUACCCUUGAUAUCAGCGGCAAGGGAAAAUUCAGCAGCAACUUUACCGGAAUUACUGUAGUAGCCAAGGGAAGCGCUAAACCAAUUCUAAAGGACGGCGUAGAGUACUUACAAGCUGAAAAGUUGAUCACAAAACUGAAAAUAGGUCACGGGCAAGUUGUAAUCGACGACACUGAGAGACCAGUGGCAGCUACAUCCGCUGCGGCCUUCUUUAAUGCUAGUCCAUCAGUCAUCCUGGACAUCCUCAACCCGCUCAUUGAAGACAGCAGUGCUGCUAUAUUUAAGGCUUUCUUCAAUAAAAUAUUUUCCUCCAUACCUCUCAGCGAAAUUUUAGUUCAAGAUUCU